GUGUGUGUGUGUGAGUGAGGGUGUUCUUACAGUGAGCAGUAGCAGGAUAUAAAAGGCCUCCCCUCAUCUCUCCCACCAACCGUUGCGUGUUUAUUGACCAGGCAUUAACCAUGAAGCACUUUGUGCUGUUGUCGCUGCUCUUGGCAUUGGGGUGUGUCCGCGCUGCACCGGUGGAGAAUGUUGGCAUGGAGGAGGGUUCGUGUGAAGACGCAUCGGUGAAGGGGGCUGCAGGACUCGCCAUCACGAAGAUCAACCAGGACCGGCAGGAAGGCUACAUCUUCGCUCUUCACCGCCUGUCCAACGUGCACAUGACCAAACAUGGAGAGAACGGAGUGGUUUUCUACCUGACUCUGGAUGUUGUGGAGACAAACUGCAGUGUUCUGAGCAGGAACGACUGGAAAUCCUGUGAAGUUCGUCCUGACCACGACACACCGGUGUAUGGACAGUGCAAAGUUGCCAUUUACAUCAGCAAGGUGCACAGGGUUGUGCGUCUCUACAAAUACCAGUGUGUCGUCAGACCAGUUCCUUCAGCUCGUGUGGCAGAGCAAUGUCCUGACUGUCCUGCUCAUACGGACAUGGAGGAUGCUGAGAUUAAGAAGACUGUGUCUCUUUCCCUGGAGAAGUUCAACAGCAUGAGCGGGCUGUCCAAUCGUUUCGCUCUGCUCAAGAUCACCCGCGCUAAAUCUGGGAUGGCCACUUCAAUGUAUUACAAUGCGGAAUACAUAAUCCAGGAGACCACCUGCCCCAGGAGCUCUUCAGCUUCUGAUAAGUGCCCCCUCAUGGAUUGCGAGUUCGCUCACAAGGGUUUCUGUAAGGCCAGCCUUUUCUAUUCUCCCACUGGGGAAGCUUUGCCAAGUGCAGAUUGUCAGAUCUAUGAGCCAGAGGCGUCUGAAAGAGAGAAGAAAAACCACCAGCUGGGCGGAGAGACCGACCACAGCCACACAGACAAACACCCACACAGCCACGACCAUGACCAUGCACACGCUGUCGACGACGCACACACACACGACCACGUUCACGACCACACCAAGAGCCACGACCAUCACGACAAAACCAAGCAGCACGCAAACAACAGCGACCACCACCACACGCAUGACCACGACGGCCACAGGCACGCUCAUGACCACUCCCACGACCACGGGCAUGGCCAUGACCAUGUGCACACUCACCACAGCAUGGCGCACAACCAUAGCGACGACGUGCCUAACCAGCACCACAACUACCAGCACGCCGCCGGCGAGCACACCCACGAGCACGACCAUGAGUUGGCUCUGGAUCACAACCACAAACACGCCCACCUGCACGACCACGAGCACCAUCACCAUCACCACGAACACGUCCACGAGGAUGCACCCCACGACCAUCCAGAGGGCAUGGUGAAGAUGAUACCCGCAGUGGACCAGCCCAUGAUCAUGCCUAUUUUCCCCGAAGUUCCCCCUGGUGAGGUGGGAGUCACCCUGAACCUCAAGCCCGACCCCCAGAUUCCCGGACAAUCAGAACCCACCAUUGAGGCCUACCCCACCGCAUACUCUGCUCAGUGUGUCCAUGCAGCAGUUGCAACGACCCUGGUGGAGAAACUCUUCGCUGAGGACCCCCAGUUCAAGAGAGCAUAAGCCGGCCAUUGGGAGUCACAUAGGAACUGAAAAAAAAUCACACAAAGACACAGAGUGAAGAGAAGACAGAAAAACAUUGAUCACAUUUGCUUCAGACACGCCAUGACUGCUUCCUAUAGCGUCUUUGGGCGACAUGAUGUUUUAAUAUAAACACAUUACAUGUAACUUUUCUGUCUCUCUUUUGUUUAACCAUCUACUAAAGGCCAAGAGGAUAAAAAACACUACAUGCACAUUAAAGCACCAUUUUCCUCCCAUUUUGGUGAGUAAAAUGGUCAUCGAUACUAAAAUCACUCAACUGGUCAUUUCCUUUUUACAAUCCUUGAAGAUGACAGAAUUGUUUAAACAAAAUGGUAACAUUAACAUGAAGGAAUGAUCAACUUCAAAGAUCUUAAUAAUGAGUCGCUGUUUAAGAAAACCGGUAAACAUGGCAUUUUUGACUGCACAACAUAAUAAAAGCUUCGACAAAUAA